AUGUUCGGACUUGAAUAUUACCAAAUGUCAGAACCGAACGAGGCUCUGAGUUGGAACAGGGCACCACAUACUCUCCACGAUGGAGAUGAAGAAAUUGAAGAAGACGAGACCGGUACUUGGUUGGAUUACAUGCAGGAGAGUUCCACGACAGUGACGACACCAAACGACGUUGAAUUCAAUGUGGAACCCGAGAUAGACUUGAAUGCUGAUGGGUUCCUUGCAGUGUUGGCUGACUUGGCUCCUGACAGUGCAGGGAAGAAUAAGGGCAAGGGUAAGGCCAAGGAGAAUCAGAAGAUUGAGGAGAAUGGUGGUGGUGGUGAUGACAAGUGGCCAGAGGAAUGGCCCUAA